AACCUUAAAAGUCAUUUAGCCAGUUGGAGAUUUGUCCAAGUGAUUGGGUUCCUCAUCCCUUAAAUGCAUAAGGGGGUUGCAGUAAAAUGCAGUUCUGUACCGAUUUAUAUGUCAUUUGGGGGUUUUAAUGACAUAAUCCCAUGUGGCGUGGAUUUAAACAGAUAUAUUGGAGUUUUUUGGUCAUGAACAAGUUGUUUUUUAACCAAAGUUCCUCACAUAGUGAUUAUAAAAUAGGUUUUAUUAUCUUUUAAUUGGCAAAAUAUUCACAAAUAGUGAUCACACGCACAAGAGAUCUUUGCUCAAAUAGAGAAAAAAUACAAUAAGUCAAAUAAUAAUAAUAACUUUAUUUAUAUAGCACCCUUUAAAAACAGAUUUUUAGAAAGUGCUUUGACAGGAAAACAGGAUACUCAUACUCAUGGUCAAACAAAGGCAAGGCAGGAAUAAAGAACAGCGGGGAGAAGAAACAUGUCCCCCUUUGUGUGAAAUUCAGUUUAAAUGUUAGUUAUUCUGUCUGCAUACAAGAGGCUGGAAGACGCAGCCUGGUGUGAGAAGAAAACCAAGUUGCCUAUUUAAAAACUGGCAACUGGGUUUAGUGUCCUUUCCAGUCAGAGUGAAAAGAGACAGAGGGGAUAACACAAUCUAUUCUGUCUGAAAACCCAGGCACAGUAGAGGUUUUCAUAUAACAUUGUGGAGCCUCUAUCUAUCAGCCCCUUCCAAACAUCUGAGCAUAAUUAAAAGCCUAAUCCCUGCUAUGGAGCUGCUACCUGCUGGAGUGACACAUUCAAGUGACGUGCUUCAGGCUUCAGUGGCAGCGCAGCAAGAGCCCGAGGCAGGGUGAAGUUAACUUACUCCGGGGAAAUUUCACCCCAAUUGACACCAGCUGGGAUACAUUGGAGCAGCCAAAAUGUUUGUUGACACCAUGUCUGAAGUGGGAUUUCACGUGAUACUGACCACUGCCCUGACUGGCGUCCUGCUGAUGGCCGUGGUGGCACUGCUUUGCUUCUUUACCUGCAGACUGGCUGGGUCAGUUUCCACGGUAGGACCUGGCCGCUUUUAAGGAGGCUACCGCUGGCCUCCAUGCAUCUUUGGGGGAUGGUAAAAGCAACUGGCUUCUGGCAUUUCAUCUUCGGUUAAUAUUGUACUUUCUCGUUUUACGCAUUGAUUCUUGCUUAGUCAGUUUGGUUCAGACCUGCCUUUAUCUUAUUAUUAACCCAGAUGGCAGCUGGCACACAACGAAGCUUCAACAGGCCAGAGCUUGAUACGGAACACAAUGAACAAAAUAGAUAUCAAUUUAACUAUGCAAUCUGACAUAUUUGGAGGGUAGCGUCUUAUAAAUUUUUGCAUGCAAGCCCAAUCCAUUCUCCUGUCAGACCUGCACAGGUGAAAGGUUUUUGCGAGAUAAGUGUUAGUAUCUUGAGUUUUUUUUUUUCCUCACGGUGGACGUGUCCAGUCAAUCAUUUGGUGUUAAUCGGCUUUAUUAUGGCCCUUAAACCUCUCAGUGCUAUGGAGCUCAAUCCCAUUAAAAUGACCUUGACUGUAAGCAUGGGGAAGAAAGGAGGAGGGUGUGGAUAAUUAUAGAUGAAAGCUUGACUGGCUGGGACCCAUAAGGGCCCCUAUUGUGACUACUUACAUUCACAGCAAGGUCUCCAGCUUAACUUUACCAAGCUCUGCUUUUGUCUCUGCUGCAAAGCCUGAUGGUGGGCUGAAAUCCACUUUUUUUUUUUAUGACUGACACCAGGUUCAACAACACAAAAGAAAUCAUUUUUAUCAACACAGCUUUGAUCAAAUGGUUGAAUGUUCCUGGUGCUUUCUGGCUCCCCACACAACCUUAGUUUGACCGUUUCUUAUUAGGAAAGAUAUGAGAGAAGGGAUACUAAAUUCCUGUUAAGAUCCCACUAAGAAAAGAACCAACACACCAGUGGAGCUGCCAGUUCAACAGGAUGAGCCUAUGGCUGUGUCAGCCACUUACAGAGUGGAUAUCUGAAGCGAUACAGCGCAAGCAAGAAGUGUGUUGUUUGCCUGAAACAAGCAUGCUUAGGCAAAUCAUCACAGGCUGCGACUGCAGACAGGCUUCUUCAACUUCUCAAAGUGACAUGUUAUGGCUGUCUAGAGUGACACGUCAGCCGCGCAGAGACGACAACAUGAAGGUGACAGACCUGCUCAUCAUUUGCUCCUGUCUGGUCUUGGGGAGUCUGGGGAAGCCACAAUUCCCUGAACAAGAGAAGGAUCCCAAGUUUUGGAAUACAUGGGCCCAGAAGACCUUGAAGAACGCUCUGACGCUUCAAAAUCUUAAUACAAACAAAGCAAAGAAUCUCAUCCUCUUCCUUGGAGAUGGAAUGGGUGUUCCCACGGUGACGGCUGCUCGAAUACUGAAGGGUCAGCUAAAUGGGCAGAGUGGAGAGGAGACCCAGCUGGAGAUGGACAAGUUCCCCUUUGUGUCUUUGGCCAAGACAUACAACACUAACGCGCAGGUGCCAGACAGUGCGGGCACCGCCACAGCUUACCUCUGUGGGGUCAAGGCCAAUGAGGGCACGGUGGGAGUGAGUGCAGCUGCUGUCCGAUCCCAGUGUAACACCACACAGGGCAAUGAGGUCACCUCCAUCCUCAAAUGGGCUAAGGACGCAGGCAAGUCGGUAGGUAUAGUGACAACGACCCGUGUCAACCAUGCAACUCCCAGUGCUGCUUAUGCCCACAGCGUGGACAGAGACUGGUACUCCGACAAUGAGAUGCCACCUGAAGCAGUACAGGCCGGCUGCAAGGAUAUCGCCAGACAACUCUUUGAAAACAUUCCCAACAUUGAUGUGAUUAUGGGUGGAGGGAGGAAGUAUAUGUUCCCCAAAAACACGUCGGAUAUAGAGUACCCUGGUGUUGCAAAACACAGCGGCACACGAAAAGACGAGAGAAACCUGGUGCAGGAGUGGACUGACAGAAUGAAGGAUAAGAAAGGCCGUUAUGUAUGGAACAAGAAGCAGCUCUUAUCACUGAACCCUAACGACGUAGAUCACUUAUUGGGUCUCUUUGAACCUGGGGAUCUGCCAUAUGACUUGGAGAGGAACACUGAGACUGAUCCUUCACUGACAGAGAUGGUGGAGGUGGCCAUCAAGAUCCUGAGGAGAAAUCCCAGUGGAUUUUACCUACUUGUAGAAGGAGGACGUAUUGACCACGGACAUCAUGAGGGCAAGGCCAAGCAGGCUCUGCAUGAAGCCGUGGAAAUGGACAGAGCCAUCGGCAGGGCAGAUCUCAUGACCAGCAUCCAUGAUACGCUGACUAUAGUUACUGCUGACCAUUCCCACGUGUUCAACUUUGGAGGCUACACCGGCAGAGGAAACACAAUAUUCGGUCUGGCCCCAAUGUUGAGUGAUAUUGACCAGAAGCCCUUCACCUCCAUCUUAUAUGGGAAUGGACCAGGUUACAAAAUUGUUAAGGGUGCAAGGGAGAAUGUCUCCACUAUUGACUACCAGGAAAACAACUACCAGGCCCAGUCAGCUGUUCCUCUGAGCAUGGAAACUCAUGGAGGAGAGGAUGUGGCUGUGUUUGCUAAAGGUCCCCUGGCUCACCUGCUACAUGGGGUCCAUGAGCAGAACUACAUCCCCCAUGUAAUGGCAUAUGCAGGCUGUAUCGGCCAGAACAGGGAACACUGUAGGUCACGCAGUGGGACUGCCUCACGUAGUGCGACCACCGGUUUGUACCCCGUCCUCUCGAGCAUAGCAACCCUUCUCACAGUGACCCGACUCCUGUGCUGACCUUCCCCUGACUGUCCUCAUCCUGUUAAAACCCUGAUUUAAAGGUCCAGUGUGUCGCAUUUAGGAGGAUCUAUUGUCAAAAAUGGAAUGUAAUAGUAUUAGUGUUAAUGUUCCCCUAAAUAUAGAAAUUGUUAUGUUUUUGUUAUCUUAGAAUGAGCCUUUUAAAUCUACAGAUGCCACGGGUCGCCUUCCAUGGAGUCCGCUAGGUUGAACUGCCAUAUUUCUACAUUAGCCCAGAAGGGACAAUCCAAACAAUGGCCCUAGAUAGGGCCGUUCGCAUUUUUCGCAAGUGUCCAUAGUUUCUCCUUCCAUGAAAUCCUACACACUGGACCUUUGACCAGUCUUACAUUUUAAGAUUUGUAUUUGUUGUUGUUUUUUAAAUGUUCUAAUUUUACUCUACGCUACUUUGAUCAUGGAACCACUGUUAGGUCCCUUUUUGUGGAAUGAUAAUGAAUUGACUCAGUUUUAGUCCGUUGAAGCAAAAUGUAAAUCAUUACAAAAUAAUCAAAAACCCCUGAUGCACUGAAAUGAAAAGUGGUGUUGCAGAGAUCACCACAAAAUCAGAGAUCUCAGUUGUGAUUUGUCUAUUGAAUCAUUUUUAUUAAGGGGUUUAGGACCCAUUAAGCCUCUUUGUUAAAUGUAAAAAUUUUAGGUUUGAAUAGAUAGAUUGGAUUUACAAAUGUUUGAAUAUAUUUCAUAUCGUAAACGUGCAGUUAACAGAAUCUACCUCAUAAGCUUGCAAAAGAUCUCUCAUGUAAUCAUGGUGUGUUCAGAAAGGCACAUUUUGAUAGACAAAUUUUAUGCCUAAACCAGAGGCAACUGAAUGUAUCAUUGACAGAUGAGUAAAAGAUAUAUAUGUCUUGUCACACACCUUGUGCAUACUUGCAACGGAAAAAGCCCACCUACUAUCGUGUCCAAUAACAGAAGUUGUAAAACCUCUUAACCAAUAAAGGAAAUAUGUUUUCUGAUAA